UGAACUUUCUCUACAAAUUUACCUUCCCUCAAUGAAAAUUUCCACGGAUUUGAUAAAUUUCAUUGAUAUUUCUGUCGGAAGUAGUGAGGAAUUAUUUUUUACAAUCGAAAAUUGUGCAGCUUGGGAUCAAAAUUUUCAAAUAGAACGUGCAAGUGAAAGAAGUGAAUUUAAAAUAUUCCCGACAACUGGACUUUUAUUAGCUGGCAGUAAAAUUGCAGGAAGUACUUUAAAAAUUUCCGUAAUUUUUCAACCAAUUGUGACAAGCAUUUCCGGGAGAGGAUCUAGGACGCAACCGGUCAGCCAUCUUGGUUCAAACGUCGCACAUCAUCUCGUCAAGCAGCGUUUUACAUUUUUCACAAAUACAGAAUUUAAAUUAAAUUUGUUUUGCAAUUAUUCUCGUGAAAGUUGUGCAUAA